AGAAUUUGUCUGCAGUUGGAUUGAAUUGAACGCAUUCAUACGCAAAGUCUAAUAUAUUUCUUAAACAUGAAUAUAAUCUCAAUGAUUAAACAUAAUUAAGUUGAUUAAAAAUGUAAUGUGAAGAUUAUGGAGAAGAGAGUGUGAGAAAGAUGAAAGAAAUAACCGUUGAGAGAGAGUGGACAGGUGUCGACGUGGCGAAGAAGAGAUUCUCUGAACCCGUGAAUUCUCACUCUUUCUCUUUCACUUUCACUCUCCUUACUUAGAGGAACAAACCAAACAAACAACAUACAAAGGAACAAAACAGAGAAUCAAAUUCGCCAAUUCAAUCUCUGCUUCGCCAAUGUCGCAUCUUUCAACGCUCUUUAUGUUUGCCUUCUUCAAUUUCGUAGCUGCAACCACUGAGUUCGACUUUGGGACUUUAACAUUGGGAAGCCUCAAGCUUCUCGGGGACGCUCACUUUAACAACGGCACCGUAAGCCUCACGCGCGACCUCGCCGUUCCGACCUCCAGCGCCGGCAGAGCUCUUUACUCCCGUCCGGUAAGGUUCCGCCUUCCCGGUAACCGCUCUCCGGCCAGCUUCACCACCUUCUUUUCCUUCUCCGUUGCCAACCUUAACCCAUCCUCCAUCGGCGGCGGCCUCGCCUUCGUCCUCGCGCCGGACGAUGAAACGAUCGGCGAUGCAGGUGGAUUUCUUGGACUUAGCGCAGCCGCCGCCGCCGCGGAUGGCGGCGGCGGCGGGUUUAUUGCCGUGGAGUUUGAUACGCUUAUGGACGUAGAGUUUAAGGACAUUAAUGGGAACCACGUUGGGGUGGACUUAAACAGCGUCGUUUCGAGCGAGGUUGGUGAUUUGGAGAGCGUUGGGAUCGAUCUGAAGAGCGGUGACCUAAUUAACGCGUGGAUUGAGUUCGAUGGAUCGAGCAAAGGGUUAAGCGUGUGGGUUUCGUAUUCCAAUUUGAAACCGAAAGAUCCCGUUUUGUCGACGAGCCUCGAUGUGGAUAAGUAUUUGAGUGAUUUUAUCUAUGUGGGGUUCUCAGGUUCUACGCAGGGUAGCACAGAGAUUCACAGAAUAGAGUGGUGGAGCUUUGGUUCUUCUUUUGAUGCUGCGGCAGGGGCGGCCCCACCGCCUCCGCCGGCGAUGAGUCUGAUGAACCCGACGGCGAAUGUGGUGAAGUCGGCGCCUCCUUCUCCGGCUCCUUCUAACAGUGAAGAGAAAGAGAGCAAAAGCAAAUCGUCUUGCCACAAUGGGUUGUGUAAGCAGAAUUUAGGAGCGGUUGCUGGUGUUGUUAGUGCCGGGGCUUUUGUUUUGGCUAUUUUUGCCGGUGCAUUGAUUUGGUUUUACUCUAAGAAGGUUAAGCGUGUUAACAAGUUUGAUUCGCUUGGUCCGGAGAUCAUUAAAAUGCCGAAGCAGUUUACCUAUAAGGAGCUGAAGUCUGCUACAAAGUGUUUCAAUGCGAAUAGGAUCAUUGGUCAUGGUGCGUUUGGGACUGUGUAUAAGGGGGUUUUGCCUGAAAACGGGGACACUGUUGCGGUGAAGAGGUGCAGCCAUAGUAGUCAGGGGAAGAAUGAAUUUUUGUCUGAGUUGUCUAUCAUUGGGAGCCUGAGGCAUCGGAAUCUGGUUCGGCUUCAAGGGUGGUGCCAUGAAAAAGGGGAGAUUCUGCUGGUGUAUGACUUGAUGCCCAAUGGGAGUUUGGACAAGGCUUUGUUCGAGGCUAGGACACCUCUUCCCUGGUCUCACCGGCGCAAGAUUUUGUUGGGCGUGGCCUCUGCCUUGGCCUACUUGCAUCAAGAGUGUGAGAAUCAGGUGAUUCACAGGGACAUCAAGACUAGUAAUAUAAUGUUGGAUGAAGGGUUCAAUGCCAGGUUGGGAGAUUUUGGUUUGGCGAGGCAAACGGAGCAUGAUAAGUCGCCGGAUGCCACAGUGGCUGCUGGGACAAUGGGGUACCUGGCACCCGAGUAUCUCCUUACAGGAAAGGCUACAGAGAAAACUGAUGUGUUCAGCUAUGGUGCAGUGGUUCUUGAGGUGGCAAGUGGGAGAAGACCGAUAGAGAGGGAUGGGAAUGGAGGUGGUAAAGGUGGAAUUAGCUGCAAUUUGGUAGAAUGGGUAUGGAAUUUGCACCGGGAAGGAAGGUUGCAGUUGGCGGCUGAUGCAAGGCUGGAAGGGGAGUUUGAUGAGGCGGAGAUGAGGAGGGUACUGUUGGUUGGGUUAGCUUGCUCUCACCCUGAUCCAUUGGCUAGACCUACUAUGAGGGGUGUGGUUCAGAUGCUGGUGGGGGAAGCUGAAGUGCCUAUUGUUCCAAGAACCAAGCCUUCCACAGCUUUCAGUACUUCCCACUCUUACUUACUGAUGAGCUUGCAAGAUAGUGUAUCUGACUGUGAUGGUAUAAUCACCAUCUCUACAUCCACAUCAGAGAACAGCUUCAAUCUUGGAGAUAUAGUCUGAUCUGAUUCAAAUCUUUGGCUGGGACCAGGCCAUUUUUAAUUAUUGACUGAUAUAUAGUGUAAAUAGAGAGAGAUAUGUAUUCAUUUGUUCUUGUAUGUAAAUGACAAUAACAUGGCAGAGUGCUGCUGCUGGCAUACACAUUUUGGCAGAAUUUAAUUGGAGGGAUUCAUCUCAUGCUGCGGACCAAUGCAAGACGUUGGUAUGAAAUGUUAAGAGUGUAGGGAAUGUGAUGUAAUGUAACUUUAGGUAGAUUAUUGUUCUACUUGUAAUUUAUGCCCAAUUUGAUUGUAAACAAGCUUUUUUUUGGAUAAUUUGAAUUAAGUGACCAAGGUAUAACAAAGUUAGAAAUUUCUCGGGAACUUCCUCCUUUGCCCUAUUCAUGGCAAUGCAGGUGUUUGUAUCCGUCACAUAUAGAAAUAUACACUGUAUAUAGAGAAAUAAUGCCUCGGUUUUGUAUAUGGUUAUCAGUCAUUGAAACUGGGGUAAUGGGUUUCUUUAUUUAUUGAUGUUCACGUCUUCCCAACUUUCUAAAUGUAUUUCUUGAUUCUCUGGUGACGAAUUAUAUACAGAGUUGGGAGUUGGAAAA